CAUUGUCGUCGUCGUUAAUUCGUGUAACCCCCCCCCCCCACAAGUCAUAGCAAUUUCAAUGCCCUCGCAUCUCUCAGGGACGCAUCGGUCGUCCAUGUCGUUCGUCGAAAGCUCUCUUCUCAUGCGGCAAUGCUGCAUAAUCACCUACCUGCUCGAGGCUGUGCUAUUAACUUUCUUAUCAGACCUUCACCUGUCACUGUUCUAUUUCCAUGUGUCUUUUUGUGGUAUCACAUACUGUAGUGCGUGAACAUCCAGAGUGACGUACUGUCACAGACAGAGGCGUUGAAAACAUUUUCUAAAACAACUGAAAGGAAUAAUAAUAUUCAUGUAGUUUUCGGGAAGAUUUUCCCAGGUGAAUGUGAUGUGCGAUAAACUGAUAAAAUAAACUCGUGGAUUAACCCUUUCUGUCCUUAAAGAGCCCGGCCACAUCUCGGGCGAGGAUCAAGUACCAAACUGAGCAGAAGGUCGCACAGCUAGAUACAGCACCGCCAGACAAUAAUUAUUAUGGCACGAGACGACUCCGGCCAGACGAAACAGCGACGAAAGCAGAAGUCAGAUGACCGUGUAGUUAACGGACCGCAAAAGACAGGAAACAUGUCUAAAGACACAAAGAAAAGACUGGACACUAAGACGCGACAGAUGGACGAAAGUUUCCAUGCGGAUCUGUGGUUCAUUCUAGCCCUGGAUAACUGGAUCUUUGACUUUGGUCGACCCAUCGCGGCUAUGUUUGUGCCGCUGGAGUGGACGCCACUUGACAAGCCGAGCAUCGGUGACUACUUCCACAUGGCUUACAACAUACUGACGCCGUUUUGCUUACUUAAGCUCCUAGAGCGCAGUAAGCAGCGUGUGUCCAGCACGUUGACCUACGUGAGUGUGAUCGUGUUGGUGAUGGGUGCUUCCAUCCACCUGGUCGGGGACUCGGUCAACCACCGACUCAUCCACCUGGGCUACAAGAACCACCUCAGUGUCCGGGACAACCCCAUCAUGCAGGAGAUACGGCCGAAAGAACUGUUGAAGUCCUUUGAGCUGCUGUAUCGUUAUGACGAGGAGAUCGGCCACCUCAUGUGGUACAUUCCGUUCUUCCUGUGCCUGUUUCUUUACUACAUCGGCUGCUUCUCUAGCGGCACCAGACGAUCAGGGAUUUCCUUCUCCUGGGUCAGCCUCGUCCUCACCAGUGGCACGUAUUAUUGGUAUCUCGCGACUGAGGGUCAAAUCUUCCCGCUGUUUCUCCUGACAUACGUCUGCAUGCUGGUCACUUACGCUGUCCAGCGUGGCCGUGGCUUGACCUCUGACCCCAACGGCUUGUUCUUGGUGUGGACCUUCACCCUGACUGUGACCUUGACCGGGCUGUGGUCAGUGUGGCUGUGGAAUGACCCCGUGCUGAGACAGAAGUACCCGGGACUGCUGUACGUGCCCGAGCCCUGGGCCUACUACACGCUGCACCUGGCAAGCUGAUUCCCACAAACAUACAGAGAGAGAGAGAGAGAGAGAGAGAGAGAGAGAGAGAGAGAGAGAGAGAGAGAGA